ACACAACAGUAGCAAAGUCGCUACAUGGGUGUAUGCUUAAUAUUACGAAAGAUGUUUUCUGAUCCAUCUUUUGUUGAGGAUUAAAAAACAAAACAACAAAUAAAUACACUUAUUAAACGGCGAAGGAACAAGUGUGUUUUUGAAGAACUUGUUUGGAACCUAAUCCGAUGAAUUCUCAUGCUAUAUCUGGCUGUUCUUCUGAUCAAGUAGUUACACUAACAACUGAGCUACGCAAGGUGCCCAUUUGGUUCCGGAAUCGCCUGUGUCAGAUUUUAGAUAGUUCUGACAGCUGGGAAGAGCUAGCAGCUGUCAUUUGUCAUCCUGAUGAUUCCAGCAGGUUUUUAUUUACACAUAAUAAUAUUAGUGUGUUAAAAGCUCAGAAGAAUAAACCUGGAGGAAGUCCAGCUCAGGCUCUGUUUACUCAUUGGUCAACUACAGGAAAGAACCGACCAACUGUAAAUACUCUUCUAGAUCUUCUGAAAGAAACAAGGUUAUAUAGAGCUGCAGAUUUUGUUGCUGUUCAGGCCUUGCAAGGUUCUCCUGUUGAAAAGGACUAUUUAGAAACCAGAGAACUUCUAAACAUAGUGAGUUCUUCAGAGGAUACAGAAUAUGAACAUGGAAUAACAAGUACUUCACACGAGGAGGAGAAAACAGUCCUAGUUCAAGGACGCCAUGAAUCAGGGAAUUCCGAGUCACAUACUGUGCCUGGAGAAAGCAAUGCUGAUGAAUUUCAGUGCGUGGAGAAUAGUGUUGUUAGGUUUUCAUACCAAGAACUUUCAUCUAUGGCUCAAAACUUCAGCGAGACUUCUGUGAGUAGAGGAGGUGCUAAGCUGGGUGAAGGAGGAUUUGCUGUUGUGUAUCGAGGGACAUUAAAGAGUGGACAAUCAGUGGCAAUUAAACGAUUCAAAGGAGCUGUUGAUGGUCAGUUUUCGGCUGAACUUAGGGUUCUUGCACUCUAUAGACAUUCUAAUCUUCUUCCACUCCUUGGUUAUUCCUGUGAUGGACCAUCUGCUUGUUUGGUCUAUGCCUACAUGAAAAAUGGAUGUCUCUAUGAUCGGAUCAUGUGUAAGGACAAUAGUCAAGGCAUUCCAUGGAAGCGUCGUCUGAAUAUAGCCUUAGGGACUGCUCGUGGUAUUAGUUACCUACAUACAGCCAGGAAGGAGCCAUUGGUUCACAGGGAUAUUAAAAGUGCCAAUGUUCUUUUGGAUGAGCAAAUGAAUCCCAGGGUUGGAGACUUCGGUCUUGUCAGGAUUGGUAGCAGUGGUGAAAGAACAACGGUUGUCGUGACAAACACUGUGAUGGGAACCAACUGCUAUAUGGCACCUGAAGCCAUGAGAGGUGAUGUAUCUGUAAAACUUGACACUUUCAGCUUUGGUAUAGUACUUCUCGAACUUCUUACCGGGUUACCGCCACUAGAUAACAACCGAGAGGAGCGAGAUCUGCUAACACAUAUCCAGAACUUUGAAGAAGAGCUUACAACAUUAUUAGACACCAAAGCUGGUGAAACUAAUGAACAGCUUGGAAAGGAGAUGUUUGACCUGGCACUAAAGUGUUGUAGAGACAGAAAGAAAGAUAGACCGACAAUGGUCGAGGUUCUUCAUGAGCUUGAGGAACUUCUAAAACACCUCUAACUCAAU